AUGAAAAUUCACGACAAGGACAAACAUCAGUGUCCUCAUUGCCGUGACAAAUUCGCACACCAACACCGUCUUAAGGAUCACAUCCGUACUCAUACCGGCGAAAAGCCAUUCAUGUGUAAAGUCUGUAGCAAAACGUUCCAUGCGGCAAGCAACCUGCGCUACCACAUGAAAAUUCACGACAAGGAUCACAUUCGGACUCAUACCGGCGAAAAGCCAUUUUUGUGUAAAGUGUGCAGCAAAAGGUUCUAUUCGGCAAAUAAUCUGCGUACCCAUAUGCAAAUCCAUCCUUUCGAUGUCCAAGGAGAAGCUUCUAUGGCAGGGAAGACCACCACGGGUCCUGACAACCCAGCAUCAAUUUCAGAUCACAACAAUUUGGGUACCAAUCGGCGAGCAGCGACUGUUGAGGUCAAAUAA